UAAUAUAUAAAAUAAUUAAUCAUGUUAUCAGAUUAUGUAUAUAUUCCCGAUCAUCUCAUUUUAGUAAACCGUAAAGGAAGUCAUCCUCUAAAUGUUGGCAAGUCCUACAUGGAAAAAUCAAUACAAUUCCUUUGUUGACGAGUAUUGCAUCUAUUUCGACGACGACAAAGAAAAUUCAAUUCAAUAAAACAAUCUAUUCAAGUAAUUUUAAACUGAAAUGGCCACGAUCUAUGACUCAUUUUUCGGUUCCCUAGGAUUAGAAAAUACUGAUGAAUUACAAUUCAAGGUAACUAUUUCUUUGCAAUGAUUUUAAAGAUUAUCUAAGAAAUUCUUAAUAGCGAUGGCGAAGAAGAAAUAGAUAUCCAAUAAUUAUUGGCCUUGGGAGACUUUUAGGUUUUCAAAGCAGAAAUGUCCUUUUAAAAUAAACGCAGAGAAGUGGCUGCCUAUCAAUUAUUAGUUGUCGAUGAAGAAGAUGAAGAAGAAGCAGAAUAAUAAGAAGAGGAGGAAGAAGAAGUCCCUGAGGCAGAAUAAUUUCAAAAGAUGCAGAUUCUGAAAAUCAAAUUGGAGUACUAAGAACUUUAAGAAGAACUUUAGUUAAAACAGGCUAUGCUAAUUUCAUUUGAUACCCCAAGUAUAUUUAUCUAUCAAUAUUGUUAGAUCAAAACAAAUUAUAAUAAAUUUCCGAAUUGCUAGAGGAAGUAUUUGAAAGGUUAUAAAUUCUGGAAAUUGAACUAGUAUUGCAGUAAAAUUAAUAAAUGAAUUAAAAUAAUGAUAGAAAAUCUAAAUUACUUGCUCAACUCAAUAACCUUCCAAUCAUAGAUCUGGCCAAAGAGCAAGAAAUAUUUACAAAAAUUAAAAUGGAUUUUGCCAAAAUCUGAAAAUCAACUACAUAAUCAUGAUUUAAUAAAACAUGGAAUUUG